AUGAGUAUUGGCGUACCUGCUACUUUUGCUGCCGGGUGCUUUUGGGGAACGGAGCGUUAUUUUGUCAAGCGUUUUGGUGAUGCCCUUCUUUCUUAUCAAGUUGGGUACAUGGGGGGUGAGGACGCGGAUGAAGUAACCUAUACAAUGGUCAAGAAGGGAAAUACAGGGCACGCGGAGGUUUUUCAUGUGAUGUACAAUCCUGAAAAGGUCUCGUACGCAAAUCUUUUGGACUUUUUCUUUCGCAUGCACAACCCGACAACAUUGAAUCGCCAGGCUGGUGAUAUUGGCACACAGUACCGUAGUGCGAUAUUCUAUCACGAUGAACAACAAAAACGAGAGGCGGAGGAUUACAUCGCGCGACUUAACGGAGCGGAUCCGCAACUCCGUGCUGAAUUUGUUAAGGCCUUUGGUGACAAGACGGUUGUCACUACUGUGGAGAAGGCAGGGCGUCUGUACUCCGCAGAGGAAUACCACCAGAAAUAUUUGGUGAAGAACCCCGAUGGUUAUUGCGCCCACCGUAUCUAUUGGUGA